UUGAACGCAGCAUCGCGUAAUGUGUAUGUGGACGGGCCCAAAAAUUAUAGGCACUCGCGACCACGCCUGUCCUAGAAGGAGGAGUAGAUGGAGUAAAAAGAAACAUUUCACUGUCAGAAAAGCCACUGGAUAAAACUUUUCUGUAGAAAAUGUCCGGAGUGGCAUCCACACUCGCCAAAAAGAGAGCCUUGGCGGCUGGUUUUGGGACGAAUACCAAUGCCGUGAAAUUUUUGAACCAGAACUUUGAGGGUCUCAGAAGUGAGUGUCUGAGCCGCGGGGAAUUGUUCUGUGAUUCCACAUUCCCACCCGUACCUGAAUCUCUGGGCUUUAACGAACUCGGUCCAAGAUCAUCUAAAACCAGAGGCAUUCAAUGGAAAAGACCUGGGGAACUGACCUCCAGUCCUGAGUUUAUUGUUGGAGGGGCUACAAGAACAGAUAUUUGCCAAGGAGGUUUAGGUGAUUGCUGGCUCUUAGCGGCCAUUGCCUCCCUAACCCUCAAUGAGGAGGUUCUGGCUCGGGUCGUACCAUCUGACCAGGGCUUUGGGCAAGACUAUGCUGGUAUUUUCCACUUUCAGUUUUGGCAGUUUGGGGAAUGGGUGGAUGUGGUGGUGGAUGACCGAUUGCCUACAAGAGAUGGGGAACUGCUGUUUGUUCAUUCAGUCACAGGCUCAGAGUUCUGGAGUGCCCUGCUGGAGAAGGCCUAUGCCAAGGUGAAUGGAUGCUAUGAAGCUUUGUCUGGAGGUUCCACCACAGAGGGUUUUGAGGAUUUCACUGGAGGAAUUGCAGAAAUGUAUGAGUUGAAAAGUGCUCCACCCAACAUUUUUCAAAUCAUCCGGAAGGCUCUGGACUCUGGAGCUCUGUUGGGAUGCUCCAUAGAUAUCACCAGUGCUGCAGACUCUGAGGCCAUCACUUCUCAGAAACUAGUGAAAGGACAUGCUUACUCUCUAACUGGGGCAAUUGAGGUUAAUUACAGAGGCCAAAAGGUGAAGCUGGUUAGAGUUCGUAAUCCUUGGGGUCAGGUAGAAUGGACGGGGGCCUGGAGUGACAACUCUUCUGAGUGGAACGCUGUCAGUCCAUCUGAACGUGAGAAUGUGAAGGCAGACGAUGGAGAGUUCUGGAUGUCAUUUUCAGAUUUUGUGAGGCAUUAUACCCGUCUGGAGAUCUGCACUCUGACUCCGGACACACUGACCUCUGACUCGGUCAAACACUGGAGUGCUUGUAAAUUUGAUGGCAGCUGGAGAAGAGGCUCUACGGCUGGUGGCUGCAGGAACCAUCCCUACACAUUCUGGAUGAAUCCUCAGUUUAAGAUUAAACUGGAUGAGGAAGAUGAUGAUCCGGAUGAUGAUGAAGUGGGCUGCAGUUUAGUCAUUGGCCUGAUCCAGAAGAACCGACGCAGAAUGAGGAAGGCUGGAGAGGACAUGCACACCAUUGGCUAUGCCAUCUAUGAGGUGCCUCCUCAGUUCCAUGGGCAAAAGGAGGUUCAUCUGGAUAAGAACUAUUUUCUGACACAUGCUCAGAAAGCUCGAUCUGAGACUUUCAUUAACCUGAGAGAAGUCAGCACCCGCUUUAAACUUCCUCCUGGAGAAUAUCUCAUCGUUCCCUCUACCUUUGAGCCUAACAAGAAUGGAGACUUCUGUGUGCGUGUAUUCUCUGAGAAACAGUCUGAGAUGCAACAAUGUGAUGACCCUGUGGAGGCACAUAUAGAAGAUGAGACUGUGUCUGAAGAGGAGGUGGAUGCUGGCUUUAGGGGACUAUUUACCAAACUUGCAGGAGAUGACAUGGAGAUCUCUUCCACUGAGCUGCAGACAAUUUUCAACAAAAUCGUUGCAAAACGGACCGAUAUAAAGACGGAUGGUUUCAGUAUGGAUACGUGUAGGGUCAUGGUGAACCUUAUGGAUGACAGUGGCAAUGGUAAACUGGGUAUAGCUGAGUUUGCCUCUCUUUGGAAGAAAAUUCAAAAGUAUCUGGCAAUCUACAAGAAGAAUGAUAUGGAUGGGUCUGGCUGCAUGAGUACACCAGAGAUGCGAAUGGCUUUGAAGGAAGCAGGGUUCUCACUGAAUGACUGCCUUCAUCAGAUUCUGGCUGCACGUUAUGGAGCAGACGACAUGACCAUUGACUUUGAUAACUUUGUGGCUUGUGUGAUGCGUCUGGAGAUGAUGUUUAAAGUGUUCAAGAAGAUCGACAUAGACAGCAGUGGCUUUAUUGAGUUAGACUUCUACCAGUGGCUGACAUUUGCCAUGAUUUAAAGGAACAGAGGAUUUUGAAAUAUACUUGUAUUCUAUUAGUUACACAAUUAUAUACCUAAAUGCUUCAUUUGUAUUGUGGACCACCUGACUUUUGUAAAUGUUUGCAAGGAGAAACAAGUAAAGUUACCUGUUUUAUUUGUAAUGCACUUUUACAGUUAUUGCAGUGCUAGUCAUCACUGUAUUCAAUUUUUUCUUUUUAGAGGUGCUUGCUGUUACUGUGGCUCAAACUUGGUUUAAGUCUUAAACUUGCUAUAUAUAUAUAUAUUAGUUUUAUAUGAAAUUUUAAAUUAAAGUUUUUAAACCAAGCUGGAAACUUACAAACACUGGUAUUUCCUUCUGUAAAUGCAAAUAUAGUUUGUAUUGUGUGCCACCUGAAAUUUAUAAAUGUGUCCACUCUGCAGCCUUGUUGCAACAAAUAAAGUCUGAUUUUAAUUUUGUAA